UAACUCUUCUCUGCUGCUGCAGAUGGAGACCUCAUAUUCUACUGAGAGACCGAGGCUUCUCCAGGACUGCCCAGUUUCUUGCAAGAGACAGAAAGUAGCUCCUGAAUGGGCCACACCUCUGGCUGAGUGGCUUCUAGGGAACCGUUCAGUAAGCAGCACUCCAACAGGACACCACUUCAGCACAAACUCCCAGAACUGGCUGCUUGUUUCCAAGGAAUCUCAGGAAGAGCGACAGUUACCUGCCUUUGACUUCCAAAAAGCUUGGGGCCAGCUUCAAGACCUGGAGUCGUGGCUUCUGAAGGAGAAAUUGCCAGUUCGUGAACGAACCUGUAGCAGAAGCUCAACCUUCUCGAUUGAGAUGAUCGAGGAAAGCGACUUAAAUCUGGAUGAGGUGGAAGUGGAAGACCAGCAGGAAAAAGGGGACGACACUGUUGAGGAAGAAGAACUCAGCAAGUGGCUCUUUAGCCCAAGCCCGUUCAAGCAAGAUAAGACCAGCCCGGUGUCAGAUGCUGACCGCUUCAAGCAGAUCAUCAAACCCUUUUACGAGAGCUUCUCCUCCAGCGAUUGGCUACUAAAGUCCGACUGCAGCUCUUGCUGUGCCACACGCAGUGCUGCCGUGGAAAUCGAGAACCUAGGAAAGCUCAAGUGCCUAAAGACUCCACCUUCAUCCGCUGCAAGCACUCCAAUCACCAGUCCAGAAACCAUCGAAAUGUGGCUUCACAAGACCAUCCCAAUCGAGACCACCUGCAAAGCCAACGAGACCUGUACCAGCUACGCUCAAUGUGUCUGUGACGACAACUGUGGAAAAGAGGCCCUUAGUGCUUGGCUCCUCAAGAAAGAGGAUCGAGAUAAGAAUGGUGUUCCCGUCAAUAAGAAUGCCCCAAACAAAGCCUCCAGCCAGCAGCAGAAGGUUCAAGCCAUCUUAGAGAUGUGGCUGCACCCGAACAACAGUGCCAAGUCCCCUGCCCUGUCGUCCCUCUCUGCCUGGGUGACCCCGUACAUCAAAACCUCAGACUCUGAGAGCUCCACCCAGGAGCCUUUGCAGAACUGGCUUUUGCCAGCGAUGAAGCACAUAAGCACAACCACUGAGAAGCCAAAUGAGCCAAAGAGUGAGAACCAUAAAGAGCGAGACCGCAAGAACAUCGAGGAGGACAAAUGGCUUCUACGCAAGCGGGCGAGCGCACAGGAAAGGCUAGGCCUACCAACAGUAUGUGACCUGUUUUCUUGUAUGAAGCUCAGUGGGGACAAAGAAAAGUGGCUACAUCAAACAGCUACACAGAUAUGAAUGCAACCUCCAUUGGCUUUUGGAGAUUGACUCCAGUGCUAUUUAAUCACUUAUUAUUGCACAAUAUUUUUCUUCAGUGCUCUUUAGGGAUUCAUUCUCUCUGUAAUCUUCUGGAGAUUGAAAGGGUGAUCUGGACUAAAGGUCCUGUCCAGGAGGCAAGGCUUUUGGUACACCAUCACUUGAGGACGGAUUAGUCAUUUUGCGCUUUUAUUAACAGUUAAAUUCCAGUAACGUGGAGGAGGCCAAUGUGUUUCUAUUUAGAAUUCACUAAUGUGAUUUAGGAAUCACGAGCAUAUUGACCAGAUUGGUGCAU